AUGCGUUCUUAUUCAUGGUUUCGUCUUUUUUUACUUUCACGACAUAGACAUCAGCUAUGCCGUUUUAUUCCAUUGUUCAGUAAGCGUAAUGCGCUCCUCACUGGAAUUCAGCGUCGUAUUCCUCGUCCAACACUCGUAGCUUUACCAUUAUGGCUUGUUGUUCAAGCAGCAACACAAGUUGAAGAUGCUAAGGAAUCAAAUCGACACGACAAUGUUGCAAGCAUUGUCGAACAAUUGGAUACAAUGUUUGAUAAAGAAGAAUUUCAGCAAGCAUAUGAAUAUAUAGAAAAAAAUAAAACCAAUGAACUAUUUCAAAGUCAUUAUAUUCGAUGGCGUAUAGCUCGAAUUUUUUAUAAACUUUCAUUAAUAACAAAAGAUAAACAAUUGAAAAGAAAAUUAGUCGAAGAAGGUUUCGACCAAGUAAAACUAGCAGUACAGCCUGGAAAUCAUAUUUAUUCAGUACAUAAAUGGUAUGGAAUUUUACUCAAUGAAAAAUGUCAAUAUACAAGUACAGACGAACAAAUUCGUAGUGCCUAUGAAGUACUCGAUCAUUUCGAAGAAGCUGUUCGAUUGAAUCCACAAGAUCCAACUUCUUAUUAUCUACUAGGUUCAUGGUAUUGGGAAAUCGCUAAACUAUCCGGUUGGAAACGACGUUUAGCAAAAUUAAUCUACGGUGAAUUACCUCAAGGAACAGUUCAUGAUGCAUUAAAAAAAUUUCUAUUAGCUGAAGAAAUUUCACCGAAUUUCUAUAGUAAAAAUUUACUAAUGAUUAUUAAAUGUUAUGUAGAACUUAAUUCACGUCCUGCUGCAAUGGAAUUUGCUAAAUUAUUAUUGGAUCGUGAAAGGCAAACUCAAGAAGAUGAAGAAGUCCACCAAGAACUACUAAAAAUGAUUCCUCAAAUUGAGCGUCUUUUACCAUUUCCACAACAAUCAGGUUUCAGUAAAAAUGUUUGA